CUUUUUUUUCUCGGUGAGAUAAGGUGACGGGGGUUGAGCAAUCAGAGGGGCUUAAAGCCCGGCCUGUCCCGGGACGCAACUUCCUUCCUCGAGCCUGGACGCACAGCAGAAUUAUAAAUGGAGACUAAACGCAGAGCCCAGAUUAUGUGAGCCGUGGACUGAGACUCACCUUAAACUGAUCACAUGAUGUUGAAGCGCACGCUGCCGCUGUACGUGUUGUUCCUGUGCGUGACAGGAGACGCGCCUCGCGGAUUCUGCGAUGACACAAUGUGCUGCGCGCUUUUCCUCGAGUCAACGACCUCCGCUGUGGCUGAGACACGGUGUCAGGACAGAGGGGGAGAACUUUACGACAUGAGACUCUGGGGCGGUCUGCCAGCGCUGCGGCUGCCAGACAUACACAUUUGGAUCAAAACUGCACAGAAUUCAGGCGCGAUGUGCUUGGCCAGGGGCUCGUCUCAAGUGAACAGGACGUGCACGGGUACAGUGGACGGAUUCUUGUGCCAGUACACACACACGUGCAAGUCUCUGCUGACCAGAGAGGGCGAGUACGUAAACUAUACCAAUGUGCUGGGCUUUGAGGGGCAGAGUUCGUAUCUGCCAGGGACCUUGGCUGUGGUGCGCGUGUCUGACCACCCUCCUGUCUCCAAACUCAUAUGCACAGGUGAGCAAUGGAUGCGCGCGCCCUGGAGCUGUGAAGUGAUGAACGGUGGAUGCGAACAUGAAUGUAUAGAGCCACAGACGUGCUCGUGCCCUCUGCAACAGACUCUGCAUCCCAAUCAUUUCUCAUGCGCGGAAGACCCGUGCGCUAAGUGCACGCACGAGUGCGUAGAGCAGGGAGGGGAGUGGGCGUGCAGGUGUCGAGAGGGAUUCAGACUGGGGCCCGAGGGCCGCUGUGUGGACGUGGAUGAGUGCUCAGAGGACAGGACUCUGUGCAGCGGUGAAGGUGAGACGUGCGAGAACGAGGAGGGCAAAUAUAAGUGCACGUGCCAAGACGAGUACGAUCUGGUGGACGGGGUCUGUGUGGACUCUUCAAUCUGUUUUGAGUGCGAACACUACUGUGAUGAAGUGCAGGGCGCAUUUUCCUGUGUGUGUAGAAAGGGCUUCAGAGUGAAUCCUCUGGACCCCACCAAGUGUGAGGAGUUUUGCUCUGAACAGGACUGCCCUGCCAUAUGUAUGAGUCCUCUUGACCAGUGCUACUGCCCUGAUGGCUACAUCCAGGACGUGCGGGACAAAGAGACUGUGUGCACGGAUAUAGAUGAAUGUGAGGAUUCAGCAUGUGAUCACUUCUGCUACAACACUUUCGGGGGGUUCAGGUGUGAGUGUGAAGAAGGCUUUCAGUUGCGGGAUAAGCACCACUGUGAACCCACCAAGCCCAUUCAGAUCCUCAGUCAGGCACACCCCACACUCGCCUCCAUCCAGCCCACAGCACUCCCGUCCUACGUGAAGACAGGCAGUAUCAUGGGCAUCACUUUGUUUGCUCUGCUCUGUGCUGCUCUGCUGUUCUAUGUGCUCCAGAGAAUGUUGUCCAAAGUCCAGUUCUACUCCUUAAAACGGGAGAUGGAAAUCUUCACUCUGCAGCAGGUCUCCUCAGAAACAUACAAGAGGAUGCCCCAUGACUGGCAGUUCAUGAACGAGUGCCACAGACUGUAGCCCUGAGCUGCCAUCACAGACAGGACCUGCUCUCUCCAACAGGAGGAGGACUGUGCUGCUGAUGGACCUUGAUAUUAUGUUGCAUUUUCAGAGACUUUGAAAACAUCUCAAAUGAAAAGCAUGAGCAGUCUGAUCAAACUCAAAACCAGAUCACAUCUGUCUUCAUGCUAUUAUCAUUACAAAAACAAAUGCCAUCUGUACUUAUGGUUACGAGAGUAACUCAAGUAACUGAAUACACUACUAAACAGCAUGAAUGCACUGAGUAAAAUGGUACUAAAGCGUUUAUAAAAGGACAAUAUCAUAGAACUGUUAAAGUGAUAUGUCAUGUAGAAACAACGGUUUAUUCAAGUGACCAGUAGAAGCCGACGGGGGUUUUGUUGAGCUGCAAAUAUGGAUCACAUGAGAGUCCAGUUCAAAUGUACUUUUGACCUGUCUGUUAUAAGAAUGUACAACUGUGUCUUUCCCCAAAGUGUUUGAUAAAAAAAGAGUUCUCUUACAAUUUUUUUUCUGUGACACAUAACACUGUAUUUGGGUUGUACAUGAACACACUGCUUUGUUUCACUGCUGAAAGUCUUAACACUAAAAUGAAUGUAAAACUGUGCUGCUACCGUUUAUAACAAGUGGUAUAAUGUCGGCACCACCUACUGCUGCGUGCCAUUAUACGAGGAAUAGACAUA